AUGAUUAACAAAAGUGCUUUUGCUUGGAAUGAUUCUUUGAAAUGCAUUGAGGUUGACAAUGAUGAAGCAUGGAACACUUAUGUGCAGCAUAACAAGGAUGUUGAUGAUUGGAGGGGGAAACAAUGUCUAAUAUAUUUGGAAAAGACCGAGCAACUGGUAGAGGGUCUACAACUCCCACUGAAAUGA